AUGGCGGGCAAUUUUGAUUCCUGGGAAGACGCGGCCGCGCAAGAGGAAGACCUUUCAAAGAGGACACAGAAUAUGAGCAUAAAUGCCAACACUUUCAGGCCUGGAGCCACAUCAUUUCAGCCUGGUGCUGCCACAUUUCAACCAGGACAGCCAUUUCAACAAAAUGGAUAUCAAAACUACGGGUAUGGACAACAGCAAGGCUACAACCAAUACCCUCAGUAUGGCCAGCAAUACAAUCAAUAUCCUCAAUAUCAGCAGCAGCAGCCACAGCAGCCACCACAGCAGCAAGGCUACAAUCAAGGCUACAAUAGCGGCCAGUUCGCCGCUUACAAUCAGACACCUGGAGGCUUCCAACCCCGACAAGGCGCUCCCAUAAGCAUUGCAAAGAGAACGGACACCCAGCCGGCAUCUGCGCCAACACCACAACAGGCUCCGGCUCCAGUAACUCAGGCUCAAGCGCCCCCUGCUGCCGCUGCACCAAAGCCACAACCGGCUGCUGUGGCUCCUCCUAAAGCAAAGGUCCUUUCGAUUGGUGUCCCAUCGUCGGCGUCUGCGACUCCUAAGAAACCUGCCUCUCCCGUUACCAAGGACGAACCAGCCCCUUCAAAAGCCGAAGCCGGAUCCAAAGUUGCUGCGGCGAAAGCAGUCGAGAAGAGUGGCGAAAAAGUGAGCGGGAAGACAUCUCCUGCCCCAUCGUCAGGGAAGUCCUCUCCCACACCUGCAGAUGCAAAGAAGCAACGGAAUGCCGACGAAGUGGCACAAUCACAAACCGCCGAUGUGGACGCAUCCGUGCUGGAAGAGAUGUACGGAAAGGAACAUGUCAACAUUAUUUUCAUUGGCCAUGUCGAUGCCGGCAAAUCCACGCUUGGUGGCCAGGUGCUCAUCCAAACGGGUAUGGUUGAUGAGCGUACGCUGGAGAAGUAUAAGCGAGACGCCAAAGACGCCGGGCGAGAAACUUGGUACAUCUCUUGGGUAUUGGAUCUGAAUAAAGAAGAAAGAGCCAAGGGAAAGACGGUCGAAGUCGGCCGGGGCUUCUUCGAAACCGAGAAGCGAAGAUACACCAUUCUCGAUGCGCCGGGUCACAAAACGUACGUGCCGAACAUGCUUAGCGGUGCGGCUCAAGCAGACGUAGCAAUCUUGGUCAUCUCUGCUCGAAAGGGCGAGUUCGAGACCGGGUUUGAAAAGGGUGGACAGACACAAGAGCACGCCAUGCUGAUCAAAACCACCGGUGCCAAAGAGCUAGUCGUGGCAGUGAACAAGAUGGAUGACGUUACAGUGGAAUGGUCCAAAGAACGCUACGAUGAAAUCGUGGGCAAGCUGAAGCCGUACCUGAAGAAGAGAAUUGGGUUGGAUUCGACCUUCAUGCCCAUCUCGGCGCAAACGGGCAUUAACGUCAAAGACCGCAUCCCCCCUAACAUUGCCACUUGGUAUAAAGGCCCCUCUCUACUGGAAUUCCUGGAUGGCAUGGCCAAGAUUCAGCGAAACAUCAAUGCGCCCUUUAUGAUGCCCAUUGGAGCCAAAUACCGAGACAUGGGAACCAUGGUUGAAGGUCGUAUCGAAGCCGGCGUGGUUCAAAAGACAUCGAGUUUGAUCAUGAUGCCGAACCGCGAGGAAGUUGGCAUCGCAGCCCUCUAUGGUGAGACGGAAGAUGAAGUCGCUUUUGCUACUUGCGGUGACCAGGUGCGGAUGCGCUUGCGAGGCAUUGAGGAAGAAGACAUCCAACCUGGCUUCGUGCUCUGCUCGCCUAAGCGUCUCGUCCACUGCGUUCGGGAAUUUGAGGCACAGAUCAACAUUGUGGAGCUAAAAUCCAUUCUCUCUGCCGGCUUUAACUGUGUCAUCCACGUACAUGCGGCCACGGAAGAAGUCACGUUUGCCGCAUUGCUUCACAAGCUCGAACCCAGGACAGGACGCAAGAGCAAAAAACCGCCCCCAUUUGCGGCAAAGGGACAGAAUAUCAUUGCGCGAUUGCAGGUGACCAGCGGUGGCGGCAAGAUUUGCGUCGAGAGAUUCGAAGACUACCCACAAUUGGGACGAUUCACACUGAGAGACCAAGGACAGACAAUUGCAGUGGGAAAGAUUACCAAGUUAAUUUUCGACGAUGAGUAA